UCGCUGAAAACGCUCAGAAAAAUCGUCACUUUUGAUGCAGAAAUUAUAAAGUUUUAACAAAAGAAUCCGACAUUAAUGGAAACCAGCACAGUUAUUUUACCGGAAGCCUGUCGUUGCUGCUUACUUGAGGAUCAAAAUAUGGUCGAAAUAUUCGAUGUUUUGGACGAGUUCGGGACCAAGAUCAGCGACCUCAUCGAGCGCCACGGCAGGGUCACGAUAUUGCAAAAUGAUGUAUAUUCGAAACAGAUUUGUUUUAACUGUCUUGACAGUGUGGCCAAAUCGGAGCGGUUCUCGCUCCGUUGCCAGAAGACAAAUUCAUUGUUGCUCAGUUUGGUGAUGGAACAGCUGAAUUGCAACGACCAUGCAGUAUCUAUCGAUGCGAUUGCGGAUCCGGAAAAUCAUCAAUCGGAAAGUGAUGCGUCGUAUGUAAUAAUUACACCAGACACUUCCGCAGAGGAUUCAACCGGAACGGCAACACAAAAUGCUACUGUGGUGCAGUGUGUGCUUGUGGACGAUUGUGAAGUCAGUCAGCUGGCAAGACCAAAGGAGUGCGAAACAGGCGAGGAUAUGUCACUGUAUUGUAUCGAGGAGGGUGACCAAGAGGAGCAUAUUCAACAGGACAUAAUUCAUGAAGAACUUGGAUUGGUUGCGGAACAGUUCACACAGCAUCUGAAUAGCAUUAUCACAAACGAAAGAAACACCGCAAAUAGCUCCCUCGUCACCAUCGCCGAAGAUGGUUUGCUCGAGGAACCAUCCGCGAAUUCAUCAAUACAGAGAGUUUUGCUUUUGGACAACCAAACGGAUGGCGAUACGGAAUAUUACAUAGAAGAGGAAGAGAUGGUGGAUGAAACUGUUGCCGAGCCACUCGGUGCAUAUGACGAUUACGAUAGUAAUUCUGCAACGGAACGCAGACAGAAACAGUUUGAACACUAUUGCGAACAAUGUGGGGCAUCAUUUGUUCUAACAAAAAACUUUGCUAUACAUCUUCGGGUGCACGAAAUGAUUGCAUGUAAACAUUGUUUGGAAACAUUCGACAGUGUUGAUGAUUGUAGCCUUCACGAAUCAAAAUGUCGACGAACCAUGACGUCCAAUAACCCAUCACAAAGGAGCAGUUUAACCAGCGAGCGGCGUAGUGGAACAGUAACGACACGCAAAAAAACUUUCCCUUGCCCACAAUGUGGCAAGAACUUCAUCUGCGCUUCCGCUCUGUUAGCGCACUCGCGCACGCACACGGGAGAGCGGCCGUUUGAGUGCAAAUAUUGCGGCAAGCGCUUCUCCACACCUACGGGUCAGGAUUUACACGAACGACGCCAUUUGGGCAUCAAAACGCAUCAUUGUCAAAUCUGUGGCCGAAAAUUUACCGAAAAAAGCAAUCUCGAGGUGCAUGUUCGUUCGCAUACGCAAGAAAAGCCGCAUAUUUGCACUGUCUGUAAUCGACCGUUUGGAAGGGUAUAUCUGUUACAGCUGCACAUGCGGACGCAUACUGGCGAGAAACCGUACACGUGCGAGACUUGUGGGAAAGGAUUUACACAGCAUGGCGAUCUGGCAGCUCAUCGUCGAAUCCACAGUGGCGAACGUCCCUACGCUUGUGAUAUUUGUGGAAAAACGUUUACCAAGAGUAACACGCUUAGUCAGCAUCGAAAAACCCACGAAAAGCAACGAUUAUAAACGUAUGCGUUCUAUUUCGCUUAUCUGCUUUGUUGUGUUAUGUC